GUGUCACCAUCACCAUCCCAGAAGUUGUCCAGUCUGUGGUACCCUGAGCCGCUGGUGGAUCGACGUGUAGGUACCGUCGAGCGCAAGGACACCGGGACGACUCUCCGACCCGAACCGCCGCCGGAGACAGCCGACCCGCCUGAAAACCGCGGUUUUGAGUCCUGAUCCCAGUGCACCUGGUCUGGGCUCUUCUCCUCUAAAACGAGCCGUCCUCCAGCAGCGGCAUUUGGCUUCGCCCCCUUCGUCUUCCUCUUCCUCGCGAGCAGACAUGCCUCCAGCCCUGGGCGGGCCUGCGGGUUACACCCCACCCGAGGGUGGCUGGGGCUGGGCAGUGGUUGUGGGGGCCUUCAUCUCCAUUGGCUUCUCCUACGCCUUCCCCAAAUCCAUCACUGUGUUCUUCAAAGAGAUAGAGGUCAUCUUCAGCGCCACGCCCAGUCAGGUGUCCUGGAUCUCCUCCAUCAUGCUGGCUGUCAUGUACGCUGGAGGUCCAAUCAGCAGUAUCCUUGUCAACAAAUUUGGCAGUCGACCAAUCAUCAUACUCGGUGGCUGUCUGGCAGGGUCGGGAUUGGUCGCAGCCUCCUUCUGCAACACUGUGGAGCAGCUGUACUUCUUCAUAGGAGUAGUGGGAGGUUUGGGGCUGGCGUUCAACUUGAAUCCGGCCCUCACCAUGAUCGGUAAAUACUUCUACAAGCGUCGGCCCAUCGCCAACGGCAUCGCCAUGGCAGGCAGCCCGGUGUUUCUGUCCACGCUGGCUCCGCUCAACUCCUGGCUGUACGAUGAGUUUGGCUGGAGGGGCAGCUUCCUGAUCCUGGGGGGACUUCUGCUCAACUGCUGCGUGGCCGGCUCCCUCAUGCGCCCCAUCGGACCCAAACCUCAGCUGCCCAAGCCCGACUCGGAGGCGGACGAGGGCAAGGCGGCGAAACCGCAGCCACAGCCGAAGAAGACGGUCCUGCAGACCAUCAACUCCUUCAUCGACCUGACGCUGUUCAAACACCGCGGCUUCCUGCUGUACCUCAGCGGCAAUGUCGUCAUGUUCUUCGGCCUCUUCGCGCCGCUCGUCUUCCUCUCCAAUUACGCCAAGAGCAAGGACAUCAGCAAAGAGAAAGCGGCCUUCCUGCUGUCAGUGCUGGCGUUCGUUGACAUGUUCGCGCGGCCCUCCAUGGGCAUGCUGGCCAACACCAAGUGGAUCCGGCCCAAGAUACAGUUCUUCUUCGCCGCCGCCGUCCUCUACAACGGAGUGUGUCACGUGCUGGCGCCGCUGUCGGUCGACUACACUGGAUUUGUGGUCUACGCCGUCUUCUUCGGUUUUGCUUUCGGCUGGCUGAGUGCGGUGCUGUUCGAGACCCUGAUGGACCUGGUGGGAGCUCAGAGGUUCUCCUCAGCCGUGGGCUUGGUCACGAUCGUGGAGUGCGGGCCGGUGCUGCUGGGCCCGCCGCUAACAGGUACAUUCUACAACUACUACCACCACUACGACUUCACCUACAUCUCCUCCGGCAUCAUCCUCAUGGUCGCGAGCGUGAUGCUCUUCGUAGGAAUGGGCGUCAACUACCGCCUGCUGGAGCGAGAGAGGAAAGAGGCGGAGAGGAUGGAGAGGGAGGAGCCCAAGGAGGAGCGCGCCGCCAUGUUGGCGCCGCCCUCUCCGUCAAAAUCGGACGGGGAGGUGGAGGAGAACAACGUGCCGGCCGCCGUCACGCUGGAUGAGGUUGCCAGGAUGGACGAGGACACGGUGUAGACUUGGACUUGAGAGGCGGCGCACACGCGGUCACUCGGUGCGACCGCACGUUUGACACAUUAGAGAAAUAACACGACCCCGAAGCCAUAGAAACACUUUACCAGACCGAGACCCGCCGCUGAGCCGGCAGGCAGGCGGCCUCCCACUGCAGCAUAUUUGACGUGCCUUCAGUAAACUCAAGUCCUCCAGCAGCGCACACACACACACACACACACACACACUCACACACACCCCUUGUAUAAACACUAUAUAGACGCACAACAGGCAGAAAGACUGUAAGAUAAAAAUCCAGUGAACAAACGAGGACUAAACUCUCAGGGUCUCGAGCUGCCGUGAAGGUUCAGAGCCUCACACACACACACACACACACACACACACACUCACACAGACACACACAUCACACACACACACACUCACAUCACACACACACACAUUCACACCACACAAACACACACACAACCUCAAACAUGUUGUCUUUCAGCACGUAGAGAUUUUCUUUAAUGAAUUCAUCUUCCUGUCGCCGUCGAGUCAUUUCAGUUUUCUUGCAGAGGAGAACAUUAAAAAAAAAAAAAAAAACAGGGAAAAUUUGGGAAAAAACAAAUGUGGAAGUUCUCCCCCACCCAGAGAGAAGUCAUUAGUUUCAGGUUUUAACCCUUUAUUCAAGGACAGAAGGCACAAAAAACAAAGAUGGCGGUCAAAGAGCUAGGAGACGCUGUCCGUGGCGUGCUCGUACACACGCACGCCUUCACGCCGUGUCAUCCUGUAUCAUACACCCUCCAAUGCCGAUGAAGACGCGUUCGAACAACACCGCGGUCUGUCUGCUGCGUAGCCAGUGGGACGAGACCGCUCGCAGUAUUAAACAAUAAACACCACACGUUGGCGUGGGGUGGAACGAGAGGCUGUGAUUGGCCGACUGAGUGCGUACGUGUGUGUGUGUGCCGUGAGGCCAAAAUAGGGAUAAAUGUCACUCUGGAUCGCACAGAAUUCUUUAGAUUUCCAUCGUUUUGGAUUGUCGGUGUCACGGCGUUGUUUGAUUAUGAAUAACGCGGUGUAGUUUACAGAUGUAUCAGCGAACCUUUGUAAAAGAUCGAUUUUAGCUUCACUGUAUCAGGACAAUCUGUGUGUGUGUGAGAGUGAGACGAUGUGUGAACAACAGUCUGAACCGUGGAGAACGUGUCAUAUCAGAUCCUUCAAACCCAUCAGAUCCGCCGUGCUCUCCUCUGUAAUCGAUCGCAGAUACUCAGCGAUUGAUCGCUGAUCGGUGAUGCUGCCGAUGAAGCUUCUGCUUUUGUGUCCAGACGAGGGAGCAGACUGCACACGGCAGCAGAAGCUUUCCUUAUCUGACCUUUACGGGAAAAUAAAUGGAGAUUUUUAACAAUUCACUAUUUAGUAUAAAUAUUUUAACUUGUAUUCACCUUUUUUUUUUUAUUCGUUUAAAGAUGUAGACUGUGAAGGAUGUGCUGCAGAGAAAGGUGAUCUUCCAGAAAAGACCGAAGCUAACCAUGAACUGACGCGUGAAUUAGCCGGAUGAACAGAUCCGAUCCCUCUUCCUCCCUCGCUCGCUCACUCACUGCUUUCUGUGUGACGACAGCUUGAAUCGUUUCUCCACAGUGAGAAGUAAACCGACUUUUCGGGCAGUCGUGGCUCCUCGUCAUUUUCAGUGAUUCGUAGAAAAUGUGUCAGAUCACAUUGUGAAAUUAAGCUCGAAGCUCUUCCUUUGCUUCGUUGUGGGAUGUUUUGGGAGCACUAUAAUGCGUAGUGCAGUGAUUUAACACACUCUUCGUACGUAUACAACAGAGACCUUUGACUGUGAACACGCAGUGUAGUUUCCUCCGACUCAGUCCCACGUACACAGUCCUGCUACUCCAAGUAUUCGCUAAUGCGUGUUUGCGCGCAGCAGAAAAUAGUCCCCAUCAAAUGCCCCUUUCCCUCCUGUUUCAGCGACAAUUGUGAGAAACUACAGCAAUGAAGGAGAAAGUGAAGGAACGUCUUUGUGACCCGUUUUUAAAAGAUUUCCAGAACAAAUGGGCCGACAGACGAAGCCGGGAAGCCCUGAGAGACGCGUUGUCGGUUCUCAUCUUUUCGUGGAAUUUGUUUUGGCUGUAAUAAAAAUAUAGAAUACGACCCUAAAACGUCUCCUCGGACCCCCGUCACAUUUUCUCUGUAAGUGUGAAUGUGCGGAUGUGAGUUGAAAAGAGUGUGUGUUCACACUGUUCGCUACCUUUUUUGUUUGUAAGACUUUUGGUAAUUAUUCUGACCAAAUGUAAGUAUUAGUUUAAGAAGUAAACGCUAUUUAGUCUUUGUUUUUUAAGGUCUUGUCGGUACCGAUGGGGGAAUAGUUUCCCUCCUGUUGCACCUCGAGCGUCCGCCUGUCUAUGAUGUGAAUCUGAAGCAGAGUUCUGUUCAGGUGCUUGCAGGACUGGUCCACAUUUGAAGGGAAAGGGGAGCGAGGUUAGCUGCAGACAGGCCUGCUGCCUCGGUGCUCUGAACCCUGAGUCUCCUUCAGUUACAGCGCACUGACACUCGUGAUGUAAUGGCUGAUCGUACGCCGUCAAACCGAGUCAAAGCUUCGGUUCCUUCGCCUUCGAGGCGAGUAUUUGAAAAGGAAAGGUCACUUUGAAAGACUGUAACUAAACCAUUUCACUGAAACGCUGAAUGUUGGUGUUUAGCAGCGCAGGUUUUUCAGACGGUACUUGAAGGCCACAGCACCUUUCUGUGUUUUAAAACAGCCCGAACAAAUCAUCGUGUUAAGUUUCUGGAAAAUGACGUGACUCUUUGAGUCACGGCCGAUGUUUUUAUGUUUUGUAUGUGCCAAGUGUUUUUAUGACUGACGAGAGAAUGAAUAAAUGGUUUUUAAAACAAA